AUGGAAUUUGAUUGGCGUGGUGAAGAAGACGACGACAAUGAGGAAGAUUCCUACGCCAACAGCAGCGAGGCACCCAGCAUCGUGGACGACGAAGAACUCAUUAUGCGCGAGAAGAAUGAGGCGCUCAUAAUGUUACAUGACGCUGUAUGGACUGUCAGCUCCGCCAAGCACGGCAACGGCGUGACGUGCCUGCUCGACGACUGCCACGAAACGUUCUGGCAGUCUGAUGGUGUUCUCCCGCACGUUAUAUCCAUCGACUUUGCGCGGCUCACGUCUGUGGCGACGGUUGCGCUUUUUCUCAGUUCCCAGCAGGACGAAAGCUACACGCCGCGAAAGAUACGCGUGCAGGCGGGCACACACAGUGGUGAUAUGGCGGACGUUGCCGUAGCGACGGUGGAUAACCCGCAGGGUUGGGUGCUUAUGCGCGUCGCUGCAGAGGCGGAGCCAGCAGCGCAGUGGGAGCUCGGCGAGGCCGGGGUAGUUGGAGGCCGAACAGCAGCUGCACUACCAACAAGUGCAACAACAGGUACAAGAGGAAGGACAUCAUUUCCGACUUCUUCACUUGAUCUCGUGGGAAACGACGAUCAUGCAGAGUUCCUUGGAGAAGGUGUGUGGUGCACGCAUCUCCGCAUCAUUAUUAAAGAAAAUCGGCAGAAUGGCCGCGAUUGUCACGUGCGUGGAGUGCGGGUACUCGGCCCGGUGCACCAGAGCGUCUUCACCACAUCUUCCUUCACGCAGAAUCUGCUGCUGCGCUGA